AUUAACACCCAUUGUCUCUUUUAGCUACCCUCUCUCUCUCUCUCUCUCUCUCUCUCUCAUAAACAUUCUGAUAAAUAAUGCCUGCUCAAGUCAUGCCAGAGCAAACCCUUCAUGGCAUUCAUGUCUUAGCAAGGGAAAAUAAUCCUCCUUCUCCUAGAAGGCUGGAAGGAAAAGUAGCUAUAGUGACAGGAGGAGCCAGAGGAAUUGGGGAGGCAACAGUAAGACUAUUUGCAAAACAUGGUGCAAAAGUAGUGAUUGCUGAUGUUGAAGAUACUCCUGGAACAAUACUAGCCAACUCAUUAUCUCCAUUUGUAACAUUUGUUCACUGUGAUGUUAGCCAAGAAGAAGACAUUGAGAAUUUAAUAAACUCAACAGUUUCUCAUUACGGCCGGCUAGACAUACUUUUCAACAAUGCUGGACUUCUUGGAAACCAACCAAAGAACAAAAGCAUUCUUGAGUUUGACGUCGAUGAAUUCGACCGAGUCAUGCGUGUGAAUGUUAAAGGGGUUGCUCUAGGAAUCAAGCACGCAGCCCGAGUGAUGAUCCCUAGAGGAGUUGGAUGCAUAAUUUCUACUGCUAGUGUUGCUGGUGUCAUGGGUGGCCUUGGCCCUCAUGCUUAUACAGCUUCAAAACAUGCCAUUGUUGGGCUAACAAAGAACACAGCUUGUGAGCUUGGUCGAUAUGGAAUUAGAGUCAAUUGCAUUUCUCCAUUUGGGGUAGCCACAUCUAUGCUUGUUAAUGCAUGGAGGAGUAGUGAUGAUCAAGAAGAUGAUGAAUGCAUGAACUUUGGAUUACCUUGUGAACAAGAAGUAGAGAAGAUGGAGGAGUUUGUAAGAGGACUGGCUAACCUAAAAGGUACAACUUUAAGAGGUAAAGAUAUAGCUGAAGCUGCUCUUUAUCUUGCUAGUGAUGAAUCUAAGUAUGUUAGUGGCCAUAAUCUUGUGGUUGAUGGUGGAAUUACCACUUCAAGGAAUUGUAUUGGCUUGUAAAUAGAGAAUUUCCCCCCAUUUUCUUAUUUAUAUAAAUUUUUUAGUCGAUUUUUUUUUUGGGCUUUUGGCCUAUGAAACCCAAAUGUAAAAUUAUCUCUCUGUUAAUUGAUUUUUUUUUUGGAGCUCAA